AUGAGGAUUUUCAUAGCUUUUGAAGGAUCGUUUGAACCAUUUGAUGUUUCAGCUGAUGAAAGCGUGGAAGCUGUCAAGUUGAUGAUAAAGGAUUAUUUCCACAUUCCUCUCUCUGAAGACAAACAAGGCAGACGAUAUCUGGAGUUAGUGUAUGCUGGAGCUGCCCUAAGGAACAGUUGGUGUCUUGCUGAUGUUGGAAUAUCUUUCUGUUCGACUCUCAAAUGCUUUGUUAAGGAAGAAGACAAGCCUACUCUCUACGUGUUCAACGCUGUAACCCGGGAGACAAUGCCAAUAUUCGAGAGCACCUCCCUUCUUGGUAAAAAAGUGUCUGACCUGAGAACACUGGUCACUCUGAGAUGUGGCUUCCCUGUGAGUGUCUACUGUCUCCGGACCCCCGCGGGACAGGACAUGUAUGACUGCAACGCACUCGGGGACUACCACACCGACCUGGGUACAACACUUCGUUUGGAUGUCUGGGAUGGAUGGAAGGAAUUUCUGAUGGGCUGUCUCCUUGGGCAAAAACUUAAAGUCCAACGAUAUUUAUCAAAAGAAGGACCAGUACUCAAGUAUCAGAAAAGGGUAGCCCUGUACAUCGCUGCCUUUUAUGGCUACAUUGAGCUCACUGAAUGGGCCCUGAAGCAAGGCGUGCGCCCACAUGAGGCUGUUGGUGUUCACCCCUGUCGAGUGUGGUGCUAUGAAAGCCUUCAUGCAGAUGUCUCUAAAUGCCCCAUUCAUGCAGCGGCAGAAGCUGGCCAACUGUUGAUUCUGAAGGCCUUUGUCAACUGCAGCGUUCUGUGCCUGGAGUGCAAAACUGCAGCAGGACAAAUUCCUCUGACCAUCGCAUUCAAGCACAAGCAUAAAGACUGUGUAUUAUAUUUGUUGAGUAAAAUGUGGUCCACGGUUUCUUUUCUGAAAAUUUCAGUCCCCAUGAGGAUUUAUAUUAAAAUAAAGCAAUGGAUCCUCAGAGCUCAGAGUCACAGCCUUCAUAAAAACCAGCUUUGCAAACCAAGGGUCUCUGGGGCAAAAGUUGGAGAUACUGUGAUGGUGGAUGGUUUUACCACACCAAAAAUGACCUCCAAGAGCUGGCAUGAGACUGGGAAUAAGCACUCACAAAGCAUGUUGAGCAAGCUACCGCCUCUCAAGGAACACACUGCAAGCAAGAAACCCUUUGAUUCUUUGACAAUUUCACAGAGGGACACUAGGGAACCGAUUCUCACGUUUCCUCCCCUAGGAGAUGCAAAUAAAUUCUCUGACUUACAAAGAUAUCAACAACAAUGUGAAAAAAAAAUUACUGCCACAGCUAAGAAAAAAGAAGGGCAUGUGAAAAAUACAUAUCUCCCUCAAGUCCCCCUUCCUCCAGUUUCAAGAGUGGGGUACUCACACCCAUCAUUUUACUAUGCAGCACCCAGUGCUGACUUCCUACUAAGGUCCUCUUUUGAAUCUUUUUCUAAGCACAGUGGAAGGACUCCAAGGGAGAACGCAAUCUACUGCUUAGCUGUGGCAAGUGCCUUUAAAGAGAAACGAUGGCUUCAACAAUUAGAAAUAGCAAGAGCCCUUGCCAAAAAGAGCAUUUCUAACCUGACUACCCAAGGAGGUCUGACAGCAUGUGAAAACCUUCCAGAAGCCAUGCUUUGAAAAGUCAUAACUUUAUUCUGUACAAAGACCUGUGCAAACAAUCCCCAGUACCAAGGUUAAAAUUUCUAGUUCCAGCUCUGAUGCUUGCAAUUCUAGUGCUAUGACUUCAACAAGAUAUUUAAUGGAUGACAUCAUGUUUUCUUGAGUUACA